AUGCCCAGCAGGACAGUCCCCUAUGCCCGCUACACACAGCAGCGGCGCCAGCGGAUGCUGGCCGACCGAUCUGUCCACUUCCCUAACGACGUCUUGUUCCUGGACCAUAUCCGCCAGGGUGACCUGGUGCAGGUGGGGCGCUUCAUUCGGGCCAGGAAGGUCACCCUGGACAUCAUCCAUCCCUCAGGCCUGGCCGCCCUGCACGAAGCUGUCCUCUCUGGGAACCUGGAGUGCGUGCAGCUGCUGGUCAAGUACGGGGCAGACAUCCACCAGCGAGAUGAGUCUGGCUGGACAGCCCUGCACAUUGCCUGCAGUGAUGGCUACCCUGACAUUGCCAGGUGA